GCCGUAUCUAAGGGCAUGACUGGAAGAGGCCACGCAUGGUUUUUUGUUACAAAAGACGACGCUCGGCAGUUAACAUGCAACUGUACCAGUGUAAACUUCAUGAUUUUUUCUCCUCAAGAAAUUGAACCUAAGAUUGUUGGCAACAGUGUUCCUACUCAGACUGACAUGGCAUUCUAUUUUGACCUCGCGCUUAUCACUGUAACGGCAUUGUCCAGACAGUUAGACUUGGGCUCAUGGCCGACAACUUUAGAUUACCCGGAAUGUGGAAUGACAAUGAAUGAGAAGCAGAAUGACCAAAGAAAAAAGAUAGACCUUCUUUCUGCAAUUAAUCAGGUGUCUAGAGAGGGUGUUUAUGACAGACCGCUGAUCAUAACAGACAAGAAAGGUUAUCAGGACAUUAUUCUAAACAUUGUCAAUGUAGAAAUUAGAAACAAGAAACGAGUAAAAGAAGAAACGGUGGGUGUAUGGUCGCUUGGUUAUCCAGAACAUAUAGUCUCCAACGAGGGAUUUUCCAAGAAAACAUUUGAUGAUUUUAAAGCUGUGAUAAUCUACAAAAUUACCACAGUUGCGGAAUACAAUAAAAAACUUGGAUCAGAAGAGUUUCAAGGAUAUUGCAUUGAUCUCAUCAAUGAUAUCAAAAAGAUUUUACAGUUUGAAUUCGAAAUCUCCGAAUGCCCCGACAAGAUGUUUGGUAUUAUGAAUGCGACUAGUGGAUGGAAUGGGAUGAUUCAAGAACUAAUAGAAAAGAGAGCCGACAUUGCUUUGGCACCAUUAUCGGUGAUGGCUGAACGAGAAACUGUUGUAGAUUUCACAGUUCCAUUUUAUGACCUUGUGGGCAUAUCCAUUCUUAUGAAGAAACCACAGGUUCCGUCUUCCAUUUUCAAAUUCUUGACCGUCCUGGAAACUAAUGUAUGGGCGUCUAUUAUUGGCGCUUAUUUUUUUACGAGUUUCCUAAUGUACGCUUAUGAGUGCUUCAGCCCUUAUAGUAACCGAAAUAACAACCAGAAUUCACGUGAGUUCAACUUGAAGGAGUGUUUAUGGUUUUGUAUCACAUCCCUUACUCCACAGGGUGGUGGCGAAGCUCCAAGAAACCUUUCAGGACGUCUAGUAGCAGCCACUUGGUGGCUGUUCGGGUUUAUUAUCAUCGCCUCCUACACCGCUAAUCUAGCUGCGUUUCUGACUGUGUCCAGAUUAGACUCCCCCAUAACCUCUCUCGACGAUUUAGCAAAUCAAUAUAAAAUAAAAUACGCGCCGCAAAAAGGAAGCUCUUCUCAGACGUAUUUUGAACGAAUGGCGUACAUUGAGGAACGAUUUUAUGAAAUCUGGAAAGAUAUGUCACUGAAUGACUCUCUAAGUAUCACAGAACGAGCCAAGCUAGCUGUUUGGGACUACCCCAUCAGUGACAAGUACACCAAGAUCUGGCUCACAAUAAAGGAAGCUAACAUGCCCCUCACUUUUGAAGAAGGAGUUCAGAGAGUGAAAGAAUCUAAAGGGUCCCACGAGGGUUUUGCUUUCAUUGCCGACUCCACUCAAGUUAAGUACGCAGCUUACUCAGACUGUGACUUGCAGGUAGUAGGAAACGAAUUUAGCCGCAAACCAAUGGCUAUCGCAGUUCAAGAAGGGUCGUACCUUAGGGACCAGUUAUCUAGUGCGAUUCUAGAGCUGUUAAAUCAGAGGAAACUGGAAGAACUGAAAGAAAAAUGGUGGAAUACAAACUCAAAACUUUUGGCUUGUGAGGACUCCGAAGAACGUAAUGACGGAAUUGGAAUUGAAAACAUUGGUGGAGUUUUUAUAGUGAUCGGUGUUGGUGUAGGAACAGCCUGUCUCACCCUGUUGGCCGAACAUUUGUACUACAAAAGAUUCCAGCCCGCCCCAAAGAUUGUGCCAAUUAAGAAGUACCAGAUAACGUCACCGAAGAAAGACAAAUACUAAAUUAAGUUAUCAUAAGCAAUGACGUAAGAAUGGACACUUGUUUCUCAGUUUUAUUAAGUGUGUGUAUUACUAAUGGUAUGUAUUUACACUUGUAAUGUUUCACACGAAAUAACUGCCAAUCCCCGUUUAAUAUAUGUUUCAAAUAUAACCUAUAAUA